GCCAAUCAAGACAACACUGUAGGCCUAUGUAAUUUGACCCAAAGCAAGAUAAGUUCAAGGAUUCUCCACCGGAUAUCCCAGAAUCGGUUUCCAUUUUCAGCAAAGUCAGUUUCGAAGUUCACACUCAUCUUCACUCAGCCCUCCUCCUCAGCAAGCACGGUCUGGGCUCUUUGAACGCGCGUAAAACCGAUUCCGCCAUUUUCAAUCUACUACAGCCUCCUCAAGUCUGAAAUCCUGCGAUGGAUGAAAUUGCGGACCAAGCCCCGCCCAGCGACCCCGGGAAUGCCGAGGCGGGUGCAGGCGAAACCGCCAGGGUCCAGCAGAGGGGGCAGUGGGCCAACAGAACCGAGUUUGUGCUCUCCAUGACCGGGAUGAUCAUCGGAGUGGGAAACCUGUGGCGCUUCCCCUAUUUAUGCUUUAAGAACGGGGGAGGUGCGUUCUUCGUUCCCUACUUCAUCCUCCUCAUCUUCGUCGGCCUCCCUGUCUUCUUCCUGGAGACCGCCAUCGGGCAGUACACCAGCGAGGGCGGGGUCACCGCCUGGAGGAAAAUGUGCCCCAUGUUCGAGGGAAUAGGAAUCGCCUCUCAGGUCCUUGUCCUGUACGUCAACAUCUAUUUCAUCACAGUGCUGUCGUGGGGCUUCUACUACCUGUUCAAUUCUUUCAGAAACCCCCUCCCCUGGACCACCUGUGACAACGUCUGGAACACGGGACUCUGUAAGAACAUGAGCAUCGGGGAUAACUCGUUCCUGUACAAUUUCACCGAGGACAAUUACUACGAGAAUGAAAGAGACCUGCACUUCGAGUCCCCGGAGCGGGAGUUCUGGGAACACCGGGCGUUGGGGAGGACAGAGAGCCUGACUGAAGGCCUGGGUCUAGUGCGCUGGGAUCUGGCCCUCUGUCUGCUGCUGGCCUGGGUCAUCUGCUACUUCUGCAUCUUUAUGGGGGUCAAAUCCACCGGGAAGGUGGUCUACCUCACGGCGACGGUCCCGUUCCUCCUGCUCUUCGUCCUGUUCGUGCGCGGGGUGUCGCUGCCCGGAUCCUGGGACGGGAUCGUCUACUAUCUGUACCCGGACUUCUCCAAGAUCGGCAGGCCCCAAGUGUGGUUUGAUGCUGCAACACAAGUUUUGUACUCCUACUCCAUGAGCCAAGGUGUCCUCACCGCACUGGGAAGCUACAACAAAUACAACAACGACUGCUACAAAGACUGCAUUGCGCUUUGCGUCCUCAGCAGUGUGACCAGUAUAUUUGCUGGUUUAGCUGUGUUUUCCAUAAUGGGCUUCACGGCUCAUGCACUUGGCGUGUCUAUACCUGAGGUAACCUCUUCAGGUAUUGGCCUGGCCUUCAUCAGCUUUCCCAAAGCUCUGGCUCUGCUACCAGGAGCGCAGUUCUGGUCCGUUCUCUUCUUUCUCAUGGUGCUGUUCCUGAGCGUGGACAGCCAGUUCCUGUGUGUGGACAGCCUCUGCACGGCGAUCUCAGACAUGUUCCCGGGCGUGCUGCGCGGGCCGGGGAGGCGGGAGCUCCUGUCGCUGGGCGUGGUCGUUUUCUGUUUCCUGCUCGGGCUCCCGCUCGUCACCAACGGAGGCGCCCACGUCUUCCAACUGAUGGACAAUUACGGAGCGAAUGCUGUGUGCAUGCUCUUCAUCGUCUGCUUCGAAACCCUCGUCAUCGGAUGGGUUUACGGUGCAGACCGUUUCUAUGACAACAUUGAGGACAUGAUUGGCUAUAAGCCAUAUCCAGUGAUAAAGUACUGCUGGCUGUUUGUGACUCCGAUAAUCUGUGUAUUCAUGCUGAGUUACAGUAUAACCGAGGUCCAAAACUACAUGGAAGAGUGGCUGGUGCUGGGGUUAGGCUCCCUGAUGAUGCUCCUGUCCAUGAUGUGCAUUCCAGCCUACAUCCUCGUACGCCUCUGUAAGAGUAAUGGCACUGACAUCACGGCCGCCUCCGCUGACCUGCGACAGGCCCGUCCACACAAGCCCCGCCUGACCCUGUGCCGGCGUGUCAUCUUCCCGGGACGGACGGCGUCUCACAGAGAGGCCGAGGAGGAGAAACUGGUCGGGGAGCACACCAGCCGCUUCUGAGCGCGCCCGCUGAUGACGUCAUCUUUUAACGCGUUCCCGGUCACCUCACGCGGUGUCGGUGACGCACAGGAGUGACCUCAUUGGAGAACCGAUUGGUCAGGAAGACAAACCAAACAGGGAGACUACAGCAGCUGUUGCCGUACUCACAGACAGUCAAUGUUGAAUUGUGUCCACAGCCUGAACAACAACAGAGCAUAUUUUUAUAUUUUAUAUUGAUAUAUUUUACAUUUCCGACAGUCAGAAAGGAACGGAAUCGUUUCGUUCUUGCAUUUGCAGAGGUUUCUGUGAAAAUGACUUGAAAUGAAACUAUAUAAGAUUUAUUCAUCAUACUAAUGGUACAUACUUUUAUAAAACAUUUAAAAUAUGAUAGUAUAAUUAUAAUUACAAGAAUAAUCCCUUCAAUUUCAUGUUUGGACAUGAAAGUCAUGGUUUGGACUGAAUCGUUUCACCUUUCAUCAUGAAGUUCCAUGUCAGUAAGCUGAUUGAUUUCAUCGAGAUUUCAAUGUACACAGUGCUUACAGAUUGACACAGAUUAGUACAACAAUACUGAUGAACUGGUAUAAAUGUCAGUAAGUUCAGAAUUCUAGUCCAUAACCAUGGAAUUUACUACGACUAACUAUUUGUACCGAAAUGAUACCCAAAAAAGUACAUAUACAUUGUCGCAUUUAUAUUUUGUAGUUGCAUUACCACUAUUUUAAUAC